CUUGGAGUGCCAGGCAAGGGACAUCUCCCCUCUUCCUAAGCUGCGAAAGACCAGAGCUGAAGGUGAAAGUGAAAGAGAAGAUGCAGAAAGGGACCAGCAUGCUCUGAGGAAAGGUGAAAGCGAAAGGGGGAAACAGUGCAACCCGGCAGAGGACAAGCCUUCCGGCCUUCUUUCUUGCCUGCUGAUCCCACUCCUCUGACCCCCUUGCCUACCUGGAGAUGCAGAAAACAGUGCUAGAGCCCCAGAGCGGCUUCUCCUUCGAGAACUGUGAGAGAAACGCAGCCUUGCAACACGCCCUACCGGGGCUCCGGGUCCCUCACGCACGCAAGACCGGGACCACCAUUGCAGGCCUUGUGUUCCAAGACGGGGUCAUCUUGGGCGCGGAUACGCGGGCCACUAACGAUUCGGUCGUCGCGGACAAGAUCUGCGAAAAGAUCCACUUCAUCGCCCCCAAAAUCUACUGCUGUGGGGCUGGAGUAGCCGCGGACGCCGAGAUGACCACGCGGAUGGCGGCGUCCAACAUGGAGCUACACGCGCUGUCCACGGGCCGCGAGGCCCGCGUGGCCACCGUCACCCGCAUGCUGCGACAGACGCUCUUCCGGUACCAGGGCUAUGUGGGAGCGUCGCUGAUCGUGGGCGGUGUGGACUUCACAGGACCGCAGCUCUACAGCGUGCACCCCCAUGGCUCCUACAGCCGGCUGCCCUUCACGGCCCUGGGAUCAGGCCAGGAUGCGGCCAUAGCAGUGCUAGAGGACCGGUUCCAGCCGAACAUGACGCUGGAGGCAGCGCAGGAACUGCUGGUGGAAGCCAUCACUGCAGGGAUCCUGGGUGACCUGGGCUCUGGGGGCAAUGUGGAUGCAUGUGUGAUCACCGCGGCCGGCGCCAAGAUGCUGCGAGCCCUGAGCUCUCCCACAAAGCCUAUAGAGAGGAGAUGGGUUUGCUACCUGGUUCAGGAAGAUCCCACAUACUAAGGAGCAUGGGCCACAACUACUGAGCCUGUGCUCGUGAGCCGGGAAAGCUCAACAAUCAAGCCCACGUGCCGCUUAAGCUCAAAGGAAGAUCCCACAUACUGAGGAGCAUGGGCCACAACUACUGAGCCUGUGCUCGUGAGCCGGGAAAGCUGAACAAUCAAGCCCACUGAAGUCCAUGUGUCCUCCAGCCUGUGCUCCACAACAAGAGGAGCCACUGCAACGAGAAGCCUGUGCAUUGCAACGAAGAGUAGCCCUUGACCGCAACCAGAGAAAAGCCUGCAUAGCAACGAAGCU